AUGCUGGUAGAAACUCAAAACGGGAGUCGAAGAAUGGACAGCAUCAAAAAUGGCAACAUGGUGCGUGUGAACUGGUUCGGCUAUGAACCUGUCGAAUCGUUCUUGCACCGCGACGCGUCGAAAGUGGCCGACUUCGUCAACCUGUACCUGGAACACAACAGGACCCUGUCGCUGACCGUCAACCACCUGCUGCCGGUGGUCCCAUGCGACUACUGGUGGCUACACCCGUGGACACUAGACGAGGCGGUAUACCAGUCGAGGUUCGCGAAACGAGUGCGAGUGGGCGAGUGCCUCGCGACGGUGACCGACGACGGACUCAUACAGACGGCUCAGAUCCUGAACAUCACCUACGAGCGCAAGACAGGCGUCUAUUCACCGCUGACGCAGUCCGGAACCAUAGUGGUCAACGACGUGGUCGUGUCGUGUUACUCGUCGAUCGAAAACCACCGCGUGCAACUGGUCAUCCACCAGAUCUGGACGCAGCUGCGCAGGACCCUGCGGGCGUUGCUCUCCUACUUCCGGUGCUCGCAUCUGCUGCGCGACGUCGAACACGGUUCCUCGUCGAACUUCCUCCAUUACCUUGUCGAAAUUGCCGAGGUGUCGUUUCCGAGAUCGAUCGCCAUGCUGUAA